AGACUGCGUAGUUAGCCUCGGGGUCCAAAGCACCGUGGGUUUUCCCUCGCGGUGUUUGCCUUAAACUUGGGUACUAUCAAUCUAUCCAGGGAUGACUGAUGACCUUGUCACAGCGACGCCAGUCAAAAUAUUUUCGGUCCAGCUCUGUUCCAACCAGCACCGCGAAGCAUCCUGAGUGAGACCCGGACAAGGUCUAAACAGCGCGUUUCCCAGGCUCAGACGAAAUGAGCGGUGGGAAGACAAAAAGAAACAAGCAGAAAUCAGGAAAGAAUGGCUAUUAAUUGUUCGGAGUGGUAGGUGCUAAAUGAAUUGGUUUGUUUGGGGAAAGACAAAUGUUAUUUCUUCUCUUUGAGGUGUGGACAGAACUCCGGCGUUGGGAAAGCGCCCGAGCCGGUCAAUUUCACACAGCGGGUCGGUGCCCUCCGCCCACCGACUUCUGUGAACGCCUUGAAGAACUCGGGGCGGGUUUCUAAUUCCUUGAUGUGAGACCACGCCUGGAAGGGCUGCCACGGUCCAAGGCGCCAGGAGUAGCUUGAAGCGUCGGACAUGCUGAAGCCCGGAGACCCCGGCGGCUCGGCAUUCCUCAAAGUGGACCCAGCUUAUCUGCAGCACUGGCAGCAACUCUUCCCGCACAGCGGCGGCGGCCCGCUCAAGGGCGGCGGUGCCGCGGGUCCCCUGGGCGCACCGCAGCCUCUCCAGCCGCCGCCCCCCCCGGAGCGCACUGAGCCCCAGCCGGACAGCCUGCGCCCGCGGCCCGCCUCGCUCUCCUCCGCCUCCUCCACUCCGGCUUCCUCCUCCACCUCGGCCUCCUCUGCCUCCUCCUGCGCCGCGGCGGCAGCCGCCGCCGCCGCCGCCGCGCUGGCCGGUCUCUCGGCCCUGCCCGUGGCGCAGCUGCCAGUGUUCGCGCCUCUGGCUGCCGCCGCCGUCGCCGCGGAGCCGCUGCCCUCCAAGGACCUGUGCCUCGGCGCCGUCUCGGGCCCGGGGCCCUCCAAGUGCGGAGGCGGAGGCGGCGGCUGUGGCGGCGGCGGCGGCGGCGUCGGGGAUGUCCGGGGCGCCCCGCGCUUCCGCUGCAGCGCAGAGGAGCUGGACUAUUACCUGUACGGCCAGCAGCGCAUGGAGAUCAUCCCGCUCAACCAGCACACCAGCGACCCCAACAACCGUUGCGACAUGUGCGCAGACAACCGCAACGGCGAGUGCCCCAUGCACGGGCCGCUGCACUCGCUGCGCCGGCUCGUGGGUACCAGCAGCGCUGCGGCCGCCGCGCCCCCUCCGGAGCUGCCCGAGUGGCUUCGGGACUUGCCACGGGAGGUGUGUCUGUGCACCAGCACCGUGCCCGGCCUGGCCUACGGCAUCUGCGCGGCGCAGAGGAUCCAGCAGGGCACCUGGAUUGGGCCCUUCCAGGGCGUGCUCCUGCCGCCGGAGAAGGUGCAGGCCGGCGCCGUGAGGAACACGCAGCAUCUCUGGGAGAUAUAUGACCAAGAUGGGACACUACAGCACUUUAUUGAUGGUGGGGAACCUAGUAAGUCGAGCUGGAUGAGGUAUAUCCGAUGUGCAAGGCACUGCGGAGAACAGAAUCUAACAGUAGUUCAGUACAGGUCGAAUAUAUUCUACCGAGCCUGUAUAGAUAUUCCCAGGGGUACCGAGCUUCUGGUGUGGUACAAUGACAGCUAUACGUCUUUCUUUGGGAUCCCUUUACAAUGCAUUGCCCAGGAUGAAAACUUAAAUGUCCCCUCGACGGUCAUGGAAGCCAUGUGCAGACAGGACCCCCUGCAGCCCUUCAACAAGAGCAGCAAACUCUCCCCCGCCGCCCAGCAGCGCUCCGUCGUCUUCCCACAGACUCCGUGCGGCAGGAACUUCUCCCUCCUGGAUAAGUCUGGGCCCAUGGAAUCAGGAUUUAAUCAAAUCAACGUGAAAAACCAGCGAGUCCUUGCAAGCCCGACCUCCACCAGCCAGCUCCACUCGGAGUUCAGUGACUGGCAUCUUUGGAAGUGCGGGCAGUGCUUUAAGACUUUCACACAGAGGAUCCUGUUACAGAUGCACGUGUGCACGCAGAACCCCGACAGACCAUACCAGUGCGGCCACUGCUCCCAGUCCUUUUCCCAGCCUUCAGAACUGAGGAACCACGUGGUCACUCACUCCAGUGACCGGCCUUUCAAAUGUGGCUACUGUGGUCGUGCCUUUGCUGGGGCCACCACGCUCAACAACCACAUCCGAACCCACACUGGAGAAAAGCCCUUCAAGUGCGAGAGGUGUGAGAGGAGCUUCACGCAGGCCACCCAGCUGAGCCGACACCAGCGGAUGCCCAAUGAGUGCAAGCCAAUAACCGAGAGCCCAGAAUCAAUCGAAGUGGAUUAACUGAUUGACUGGUUGGAAUUAAACUUCAAGGAAAGUCAUGAUUAAAUGUCACGGACACUUAAGCAAAACCAAAGAUUUCCUCUGAGCAACUUUCAAUCAGUCCCGGAAAACCAAAAGCAGUAAUAAAAUAAGUAAGAUGUUAAGAGAUAUUGAUCCUGGCGUGGAAGUCAGACCAGGAGAGAGAUUAUUUAUUUAUGACUAGGGAUGAGACUCAUUUCAGUGGACGACUAACCUGGGAUGGCUCACAUUUCCAGUCCCACAGUGUAUUUGCUUUGUUUCUAAAAAGCUUUUUUAAACUGUUAUUUAAUACCAAAGGGAGGAAUCGGAUGGGUUCUUCUGCCCACAGUUGUGACUAAGAAUGCACAGGGACUCGUUUCUCGUUGCACCUUUUUUAGUAGCAUGAUUCAAGGGGACCCAUUGUACAGCCCUCUUCCUGCUGUUUCAGUUUGGCCUGGCCUGCCUCAGGCUGCCCAGCAGGGACCACAGAUUCGGGAGCCAGAGCCUUCGCUGAGUCCAGGCCAUCUUCAGCCCCACGGGUGCUCCAUUUCUGUGUUUUCCACACUUAUUAUUUCUCGUGCACUUUUCUCACGGCUCCUUCCAUCCAGCAGCCUGGUCUUGAUGCAGAAGAACCUGGAAGUGGAAGAAGAUGGUUUAAAAUUCAAAAUUCAAGGGGAAAAAGAAAUGGGGACUUAACAGUGUCCUGUCAAGAUUUCAAAAACAUUUAAAAUAUACGGAGCUUCAUAAUACAGUAUAUUGUUCUGAAGCAGCUAGUGAGAAAAUUUUGUUUUCAAUAACAUUUUAGCUUAAAAAAACCCAUGAAAAUAAAGUUCUUCAGUAUGAGGCUGAAUAUAAGGUAUUAGGCUUCCAGUAAUUUUUUGUUGUGUCUAUGAAAGUAUUGAAUAUGUGAGCAAAAACAGUGCCAAGCCCCACUGUCAAGACCAUUCUAGGCACUUUCAUCUUCCUUCCUCGUACCUCCAGGGGAAGCCUGGGAGGCCCUCCUGAGUGUGGGGCAUUUCUGCAAAAAAUAGGUGAAAAUAGCCCAGACAAGGAAACCUUGAGAGGAGGAGCCACGGACAGGGUUCUGGUUAGAAAAGACCGCCCUGAACAGCUAAUUUUUUCAAGAAGAGUUCCCUUCUCAUCCCCUCCGGCCCUUGAUAAUAUUCUUCUUUCAACACUGAUCCACUGAAAGAGAAAGGAGUAUGUACACAGUUUCACUGAUCUUUGAUUGAGUGCCAGGAAAAUGGGUGUCACUUCAGCUACCCUUUGGGCAAUUUAGCAAUGGUGCUCAAUCAAAUUGUGUCGCAUUCCACACAAUAAUCCCACAUCAGGAAGAACUGACGGCUCUUGCAUAUUAGCCAUUAACUCCCAGCAGCAUCACGAAGACCGAGUCUACCUUGAUGGCCGGUGUAAAUCUGAACAGUUUAGAGUACUUACCAGCAGCCAUCUCUUGUUUGUAGAUCUCUUGGUCACCUGAUAGCAGG